CUCGCGAGAGGUGGCUGCUGGAGGGUGCCUUCUCUGCAUAUAUUCCCGGGGGAGCGGCAGAGGCGCAGCUGCAUCGGGUCUCGGAGUUCGGAAGAGGAACUUUAGGGCGCGUGGCAGGUUGUGUGGCUCUCUUUGCAAGUAGACAUUGGUGGUCCCUUUUCCCCCCAGAUUCUAAAACAUUUGAGAUUGAAACAUGGCAGUAGUAUCAACUGUCUCACAGCAGAAUGUGGUUUCCAGGGUUGCAAGUCUUCCUCUGGUGAGUUCAACCUAUGAUAUGGUCUCUUCUGCUUACAUCAACACGAAAGAUAACCAUCCCUACCUAAAAUCAGUAUGUGAGAUAGCAGAGAAAGGAGUGAAGACCAUCACUGCUGUGGCCAUGACGAGUGCUUUGCCUAUCAUCCAGAGACUGGAGCCACAAAUUGCAGUUGCCAACAGCUAUGCUUGUAUAGGACUGGACAAAGUUGAAGAGAGAUUGCCUAUACUGUAUCAACCAACUGAUAAGGUAGUCGCUAAUGCUGUGGAUGUAGUUGCUGGUGCUAAGGAUGCUGUAACAAUGACUGUGGUGGGUGCCAAGGAUACUGUUGCACACACAAUUAAUGGUGUUGUGGGCAAGACUAAAGGAGCUGUGCAGGACAGUGUAGAAAUGACCAGGUCUGUAGUACAUGGCAGCAUUAACACUGUCCUAGGAAGUCGGGUGGUGCGCCUGGUGACCAGUGGUGUGGAUACUGCCCUCAGUCGAUCAGAAACACUUGUAGACCAGUAUCUUCCCCUUACAGAAGAAGAGCAAGAGAAAGAAGCUACCAAAGUGGAAGGAUUUGAAGUGGGAGUUCAGAAGCCGAGUUAUUAUGUUCGACUGGGGUCUUUGUCUUCAAAGUUCCGAUCACGUGCCUAUCAACAGGCCUUAAACAAAGCUAGAGAGGCAAAAGUCAAAAGCCAAGAGACCAUUUCUCAGCUCAAUUACACUGUUAAUCUGAUUGAAUAUGCCAGAAAGAACAUGAAUAGUGCCAACCAAAAACUCCAAGAUGCCCAACAGAAGCUAUAUAAUUCCUGGGUAGAGUGGAGGAAAAACAUUGGCCAAACUGAGAAUAACGAUGGUGACGAUGACUCACACAGUGCUGAGACCAUUGAAUCACGUACCUUAGCAAUUGCACGGAAUCUGACUCAGCAGCUUCAAACCACCUGUCUCACCCUGGUCUCGAGUAUACAGGGCUUGCCACAGAACAUUCAAGAUCAGGUCCACCACGUUGGGGCACUAGCUGGAGAUGUCUACAGAAGCUUCCGUUCAGCAACUUCCUUUAGAGAAGUGUCUGACAACCUUAUUACCACCAGUAAAGGGCAGUUGAAGAAAAUGAAGGAGUCCUUGGAUGAUGUGAUGGAUUAUCUUGUAAACAACACGCCACUCAACUGGCUGGUUCCAGAUUUCACUAUUGCAGACCUGUCUUCAGAAUCUGAUGAGAUUCCAGAUGUUUUGGCUGUGGAUGAAGAACCCCAGCAUGAUUACUCACGUGCAAACGGUCCAAUUACCACAGAACAUAGAGCUGAAUAAAUACCACAUACAUAACACACACACACAAACCUGUUUUUUGUUCAGUAUAUGUACAUUUUUUUCCAUGCUAACUGGCCUUUGCUAACUGGCCUUUCCAUGCUAACUUGUGGCCUUUGAAUUUGAACUAAUUAGCUUGUGGGGAAUAGAGAACUCUUUUAUCAAUUUUGUUUCCAUUAGAUCAACAUUCUAACUUUUUUUCUAAAAAGUUAUUAGCCUAACAUUUUAGCAUGAGUAAAGGAUUCCCUUGUCCUACAGACCAAAUUACUUUAACUAAAUCUUAGACGGAUGUUUAAGUUUAAAGAUAGAUUGGUCAAUAAUAACUAAAAGAGCUCCCCUAAUAAUUGACAUGAAAGCCUUUCCGUAAGGAGACUUACUGACUAAAGCUUCCUGCUUCAGUUCUUGUGUUUUUGCUUGCCUGAAAGAAAAACCUUUUGCUUGCCUGAGAGAAAAACAGCCUAUUUAUGUUCCUGAUGGCUUUCUGUUUCAUUGUAGUAUGUCUAUUUGACUGUCUUGGAAUGUGAGGCUUUGAAAGCAAAUUUUGAAUGGGGUUCAAGGAAGUGGAGGAUUCACUAGCAAAGUACAAAUGAUGCUUCUGUGCAAAGCAGGAGGAGGAUGGGGCUGUGGUCACAGGCACCUCCCCCCCCCCAUGAAUUCAGAACAAUAUGUUACAGCACCUGUCUUGUGUAGGUUCUGUCAAGUGAUUAGAACCCUGAUUCUUGGGGGUCCCCACUCCUGGAUAGACUAUUUUAAUCCGUAAGGUUUGUACAUAUGGAGGAAGUAGUUACUGGUGCCAUCUACCUCGCUUGCAUAGACAUUUGACAGAGGUGGUUUGUUUUCCUCCUUGGUGGUUUGUUUUCCUCCUUGAUUCCUCUUGUGAGAUUUUUCUGCUGUAUUAAGAUAGCCAAGUCUGUUCUUAAGAGAUAAUCCUGUAUCUGAGCAGUAUUAUUUCACUUCAUUCACUCACAAGAUGCAAACCAUUCAUUUCUUAAAAAUAAAAACUGACAUGUCAAGGAAAAUGCCUUUCUUGAGUUCUCCUUAAUAUCUGAUUUUCUGUGUAGGGAAAACUUUGUGGCUUCUGUCAAGUAGGUUUAAGAGGUAUAGCCCAGAUACAGGUUUCAACAACAGCUAGGUUCCAAGACAGAAGCUAGAGUUGGAUUAGGGCAAGUAAUAUAAAAGCAGGUGAGAAUUCUGGAAAUAGGGGGAGCAAGCAAGUGAAAAAAAAUGAAUAUGAAUGCAGCAAUAGACAAAUGAGAAAUGAAGAAGAAAUAUGAGUGGGAAUCACUGAAAAGAGGUAACCCCUGAAGAAAAAGGUAGCCACUGAAACAAUGCAUCAGCUGGGUUUGUGUAGCUGCUGUAAUAGAUCAAUUAAUUGUCCUUAUGCUUUGUGGUUUUAGUGGGAGUGCUGAAGUUGGCAUCAGAAGCUAAGACAUCGUUGAUAGAAUGUCACACUAAAAGCAAUACAUGUAGGGUUCAGGUGUCAAUGUUAAUCAUUGACGGCUUUGUGUUUAUUGUGAGGAUGCAAAGGUAUGGUGCUAACUUAUAGACUAUGCCCACAUGCCUUGGACAAAAAAAGAUAAUUUGACUUGUUCUGUAGCAGGAGGUAGGUAACCCCACUGUAAAAAUACCAGAUUUAUAUUGAAGUUUUAAGAAAUGCCUUGGAAAUAAAGUUUGAAUUACAUUA